AUGAACGAAGAUCAACAAUACAAGCGAAUGCAAGUCAAGGUGCUCUAUUCCUUCAAUAAUAAUGCUACUGUGUUCUUAUCUCGAUCCAAGUCUCAGUAUUCAGUGAAGGUUGCUCAAAUACCGAUUGAAGUUGGAGAUAGACAAGGUGAGGAUGUGAUGAUGUUGGGUGCCUUUGAGCUAAAAAGUUGUGUGCAACAAAUACUAAAAUCAUCCCCAGAAAACUUCAAACUUCAAACUGAAGAUUACGCUGUUUAUUACAAAGACUUAACUGAACAACCCGACGAGCCAUUUGUUUCAAAUGGAGUGAUGUCAACCUUGCUUUACUCAUCAAAACCGCUGUUGAUUCCCGGGAGAGUGUGCCAAAAUUUGUCUGCAAGUUACCUCUUUGGAGACAAACAAGACUCUUGUUCAUUGACACUUGAGAUCAGAUUGAUGCUCCAUUCCAUCGAGCGUACACAGAAUCAAUCUCAAAUGCUGAAUAGUACGCAGCAGUCUCAAAGAAUAACAGAACAAACAGCAAUUCCUUCUAAGAAACAAAAGUAUAGUAAGGCUACUACUUCAGUUCAACCGGUUAAGGCGUCAAGGACCAAAUCACUUCCUAUUUUUUAUAACCCACAUAAUCAACAGAUCUACAACAUUAUCAAUGCCGAUAAAUCCAAUGCUCCUUCAAAAUAUGACAGUAAGAGUGUCCAAGACAGAUUCAAGCUGGCACCAUUUUUACAGGCGAAGAUUAUAGACAAUCCUUUAAAAAGGAGUAGACAAUCCUCAGAGCCUCAAAGAGCCAUGAGAACUAGGUCAAUGAUGACCCAACAUCCAAUCAGUAUCUCCUCACCAAUAAAUGAAGAAGGAAUGUCUGACAACACUGAUGCUACGGAUGAUCCAGAGUAUAGAGAUAUCAACGUCCCAAUCGAUGAAGGAGAUGAAGAGGAAGAAGAGGAAGAUGAAGAUGAGGAAGACGAGGAAGCUAAGCUUGCUGAACUCUCUCCGUACACCCCACAACAGCCGCCAUAUAGGGUUCCUGAUACAAAAAAUACAUUCCAAGCAUUACCAGAUAUGGAGGACUUAGAUGGAAAGAAGACACACACCAUUCCAAGCAGUAAACUUAAAAAAGAUCAUGGCUUGCUGUGUAUCAAUAACAAUUGUGCAACUACUUCAUCAAUAACGUGGAGAUACUUUGAAACUGGAUUUCAUAAAAACCAUUUUGACAUACUCAGAGCACAAGAAUUUGAUCAAAGACAUUAUGAAGGAAUGUUUGGUCCAUUGUGUAAUGCUUGUUACUUAUUUCUUAGAAACAAGGGUUUUAUGAGACCCGAAGGUGUGGUUAAAAAGUACCUUCAGCAGCAAAAAUACAAAAAGGAACUUAGACAUAAAAAAGAGGAUUCUAGCGGCUUGGCAGAUCACCCCUUAAUUGAUAGUAAUUCCCUGAAGAAUUUAAUGCUGCAAAAAGAAAGAUCGAGUAGCAUAAGCAGCAUUCGAAGAUAUUCACAGCCACUGUCGUCUUCACCUCAUAAUAGCAGAAAUGAUAAAUUCCUUACUCCCUCGCACACACCUUCAGCUAUCAAUCAAGCUAUACAAAGCAACAGUAAUAGAAAAUACAACUCGCAUGUAAGUAGGGGAACACCAAACUAUCACGAUUUUAACGACUUUAUGAGUCAGUUAAAUAAUUUUGAGGGUCCUUUAACUGAUAUUGAUUUCAUUUCUCAGGAUCAUCAAGGAGUUAGCUCACCAAUGAUUGCUACUAAGUCUAAUACAAGAGUUAUAAACGUGACAGACGAAGGUGAAGACAAAGAAAACUGUCCACCGAAUAAUGAUGAGCUGCCUAAAAGAAAUGGUCUUUCUGAUUUCGAAAAAAUGAUGGUUCGAUCAUUUUCUAAUUCCUCAGCCAAAUCAAGUCCAAUUGGACAAAGCGAAUGGAUUAAUAAUUUACUAGGUGAACCGACACCUAAAGAUCAAAUAUCUCCCACCCCGAAAGAAGCCAAAUCCACACAAAAAAGUGGCGAUGAUACAGAAAGUGAAAGUGGAGAAUACAACAAACAGUCCAAUUUUCCUCAAUUAAGGACUUUUGUUACCACUAGAAGUCGUUCUCCCAAUGAUGCGUUAAAUGAAAAGAAAACGGGUCUUGCGAAUAUGCCAUCUUCCCCAUUAAUAAAUCCUCAUUCAAACUCGGAAGAAUUAGAGUCUUUUCUAGAUGAAUCACAAAGGCACAACAUAUCGCACCUAGUCCGCAUAAGUGACUUUGAAAACACUGAAGGACUAAAUCAUGUCAAUGCGUCGCCAAACGCAAAAAGGGCCACGAGAAAUGAUACGACUAACCUGAUAAUAUCGUGGGGCAAUUCAAACUCUACAAGAAAAGCUAAUACAAGCUCAACUCCAAAUACUGAGUUCUUCUCUAAUGAUGAUAUCAUGGAAUUGCAUGACAAAACUGUCCUAGAUAAAGUCAAAGAUGCAUUGAAAGAAGAACAAAAUAAGUAA